GCCCCGCCCCGCCGCGCCCCCCGGGCGGGAUACUUGAACCGCACGGCCCGGCCCUGCCGCGCUGCCGACCUCGGCCGAGCGCGGAGCGCAGGACCCGCGCCUUUGUCCCCGCCGCCGUCGCCACCGCCGCCGGCCCCAUGGAGCGCGCGCGCCCGGCCCUGCUGUCGCCAAUGCUGCUGCUCGGCGGCCUGUCGCUGCUGGUGGCCCGAGUGGAUGCAGACGUCCUCAUGGAGGCCUGCUGUGCGGAUGGACACCGGAUGGCCACUCAGCACAAGGACUGCUCACUGCCAUAUGCCCCAGAAUCCAAGGAAUGCAGGAUGGUCCAGGAGCAGUGCUGCCACAGCCAGCUGGAGGAGCUGCACUGCACCACGGGCAUCAACCUGGCCAACGAACAGUACAGCUGCAGCACGCCCCCCGGUGACAACACCAGUCUCGAGGCCAUGUUUGUGAAGAGGUGCUGCCACUGCUGCCUGCUGGGCCGCGCGGCCCAGGCCCAGGCCCAGAGCUGCGAGCCGAGCCUCAUGCUGGGCUACCAGUGCGGGCUGGUGUUCCGAGCCUGCUGCGUCCGGGGCCAGGAGAGCACAGACUUCGCCCCCGGCGACGUGGGGGACCCCCAGGAAAAUGCUAAGAUUGCUGCUGCUGAGGAGGAACAGGAGGACCCCUACCUGAACGACCGCUGUCGAGGUGGCGGGCCCUGCAAGCAGCAGUGCCGCGACACGGGGGACGAGGUGGUCUGCUCCUGCUUCGUGGGCUAUCAGCUGAUGCCUGAUGGCGUCUCCUGCGAAGACGUCAAUGAAUGCAUCACAGGCAGCCACAGCUGCCGGCUUGGAGAGACCUGCAUCAAUACCGUGGGCUCUUUCCGCUGCCAGCGGGAGAGCAGCUGCGGCACUGGCUAUGAGCUCACGGAGGACAAUGACUGCAAAGAUAUUGACGAGUGUGAGAAUGGUAUUCAUAACUGCCCCCCCGAUUUUAUCUGUCAGAAUACUCUGGGAUCCUUCCGUUGCAGACCCAAGCUGCACUGCAAGAGCGGCUUUAUACAGGAUGCUCUAGGCAGCUGUAUUGAUAUCAAUGAGUGUUUAAGUAUCAGUGCCCCGUGCCCUGCUGGGCAGGCCUGCAUCAAUACGGAGGGCUCCUACACGUGCCAGAAGAACGUGCCCAACUGUGGCCGUGGCUACCAUCUCAACGAGGAGGGCACUCGCUGUGUUGAUCUGGACGAGUGUGCGGCCCCUGCGGAGCCCUGCGGGCCCGGGCAUCGCUGCCUCAACACCCCUGGCAGCUUCCGCUGUGACUGCAAGGCUGGGUACUACUUCGACAGCAUCAGCAGGACAUGUGUGGACAUCAACGAGUGCCAGCGCUAUGCCGGACGCCUGUGCGGCCACAAGUGUGAGAACACACCGGGCUCGUAUCACUGCAGCUGCUCCGUGGGCUUCCGGCUGUCCGUCGACGGCCGGUCGUGUGAAGAUGUCAACGAGUGCCUUAGCAGCCCCUGCAGCCAGGAGUGCGCCAACGUCUACGGCUCCUACCAGUGCUACUGCCGCCGCGGCUACCAGCUCAGCGACCUGGACGGUGUCACCUGUGAAGACAUUGACGAGUGUGCCCUGCCCACCGGGGGCCACAUCUGCUCCUACCGCUGCAUCAACAUCCCCGGAAGCUUCCAGUGUAGCUGCCCAUCGACCGGCUACCGGCUGGCACCCAAUGGCCGCAACUGCCAAGAUAUCGACGAGUGUGUGACCGGCAUCCACAACUGCUCUGUCAAUGAGACCUGCUUCAACAUCCAGGGCGGCUUCCGCUGCCUGGCCUUCGAGUGCCCCGAGAACUACCGCCGCUCCGGAGACACGCUCCGCCAGGAAAAGACGGACACCGUGCGCUGCAUCAAGUCCUGCCGCCCUGGGGACAUGGCCUGCAUUCGGGACCCGGUCCACACCAUCUCCCACACGGUCGUCUCGCUGCCCACCUUCCGAGAGUUCUCCCGCCCUGAAGAGAUCAUCUUCCUGCGGGCCGUCACGCCGCUCUACCCCGCCAACCAGGCUGACAUCAUCUUCGACAUCACCGAGGGGAACCUUCGGGACUCCUUUGACAUCAUCAAACGCUACACGGACGGCAUGACCGUGGGUGUCGUGCGCCAAGUGCGGCCCAUCGUGGGCCCAUUCCACGCAGUGCUAAAGCUGGAGAUGAACUACGUGGUCGGGGGUGUGGUCUCCCACCGAAACGUCAUCAACGUCCACAUCUUUGUCUCUGAGUACUGGUUCUGAGGGCGCCCCCAAGGGCACCCCCAGGUCCACCUGCCGCAGUGGAGCUCUGCUCUGUACCUGUCUGCAGCUUCACAUCAUGCAUUGGUUUGUAGCGUUAGGCCAGGGGUACACACUGAGCCAGGGUCCAUCCAUCUCACGUCUCUGAUGUGUAAAUAAUGCGUUCAGUUGCUCAGCUGUUUGGUUGAAAACCUUGCUUAUUUUUUAAUGCAAAAGCUAAAUGUUACUCCCUUCUGCCUGUGAGGUGGGCCUUACCCACGGGACCAAGCAAAGAGACAAUUUCAGAGGGGCAGCCAGGCGUCCAGAUGCCAAGCAAAGGCCAGUUCUUGCCCUGAUUACAUGAAAUUUCUUAUUUUAAUAUUUUUUUUGCCAGUCAGGUACACAUAUCCAAGUACAGGGCUGCUGAAUGGGAGCACACACAGGUCCACCCCAAUCUCCCCAGAAGCCGCUCCUACCAGGCAGGACACUCUCGUGGGAAAGACAUGGACCACUGGGCUGGGUGUGGGCCCAGUGUGCACACCAAGGCUGACGGGGCUCCUGUGCACCCUGUACCCACUUUUUCUACAGGUGAAAAAUAAACAGCUUUGUGAUCUCCA